UUUGCCUUGUUUCAGAAAUGGGAUUAAGUUGAGUUACUAAGAUGCAAACAAUUCUAUAACACAAGAUGGAUAUACAAAUAAUAAAAGUGAGAGAAAAAAAAUAAAUAUAGGAACGAACUGUGGAUCCAGGGUGGAGUUGACACACAGAGUGUAUUUACAGACUCUGAAGUCAUGGGCGUUUACCAGAGGUCAGCCAUAGGCUGGCUCUGACCUUCCUAGAGGUCAGCACCAAAUAAGAGACCACGAGCAUAAAGCAACAAAUAAGCCCAUUGCUUAGCAGAAGGAAUCCUAAUACAAAGCACAAGACUGGCCCACCGUUCGUCCCCCUCUGGGGCUGAGGCUGCCCCCGACCCGCUCUCUUCCUCCUCUCAGGGUGAUGGACAAUGAGGGGACCCUGCAGCUGAAGAGAAGCUUCCCCAUUGAGCAGAGCUCGCACCCCGUACGCAGCAUUUUCUGCCCCCUCAUGUCCUUCCGCCAGGGGGCCUGUGUGGUGACGGGCAGCGAGGACAUGUGCGUGCAUUUCUUUGAUGUGGAGCGGGCAGCCAAGGCCGCCGUCAACAAGCUGCAGGGCCACAGUGCGCCCGUGCUGGAUGUCAGCUUCAACUGCGAUGAGAGCCUGCUGGCUUCCAGCGACGCUAGCGGCAUGGUCAUCGUCUGGAGGCGGGAGCAGAAGUAGGAGACUUCCAUCCUUGCCACUGUCCACCUUCCCACCUGCCUCCGGCCCCAGCCUUGUGUUUGUAAAUAAAGUUCCUGUGGUUG